GGUGGCGUCAUGAGCUUCAGUUCAGUGUCCUCCGCUCUCGACUCCUUCCAUCCUUCCCCCUUGCUCCAGCCAUGGAACGUCUCACGGCCUCCUGCCUCCUCCCCCUGGCCCUGGCGGCAUCCGUGGCCUACUCGGCCGUCAUCCUGGACAACGGCGCGCCCAUCAUGUGGGCCCAGGCGGCGGCACGGGUGAGCGAACUGCCCGUGCAGAAUAACAUCCUGACCCCCAACCCGUGGAACUUCACACAUCGCAUGGGCUUCUACCGGAUGAUGAUCGCCGCCACCGAUCCCUUCAUGGGCUGCAUGGGCACCGGUGCUACCGAGAGUCCCAUCUGGGGCCUCCCCCUGCAGUUCGGAUGGAUGCUGACUUCAGGCCGUCUCGCCGACCCAACCGGAGCUACAACUUGUGGGCUGGAGACCGGAGAUGCCAUGUGCAUUUCUCCCCAGAGCUGGUGGGGCUGUGUGAACCAUUUUGUGACUGCGUUGCCCUUCUUGUCUGCUGCUCAGCAGGGAAUCUUCGGACAAGGAGUCCAGGUCCAGAUGCAGGCACCUGAAGGUUCAGAGGGUUACUGCACCACCUAUACCGACUGCUCAACCAGCUACCCUAACGUGAUGAUGAAGUGGGACGCCUUCUUCCAGGGCCUUAAUGCCUCCACAAACGCCUCCCUGCCCGAGAACGAGAAGAAAGAUUCCAUUCUCGGCCUCUACUGGGACGCCCACAUGGCUUCACUACAAGCUGCCGCAGCCUGCAGAGCCAAACAGAGCCACUAUUCCGCCCCUGAGGUGAACUUCGCCUUCAACUGGCUGAACUCGGCCGAGUAUGUGGCCGCCGCCAAUUUCCAGUCCACCUUGGAGAAAUCUGCCAUGUUCCUCGCGCCUUUGCCAGGACGCGUGCUCCAGGAGGGUGACCAAGCACCCAACAUAGCUGACAUGACUCCGGAAGAGAACCACAUGCUGUCCGUCUUCAGCUGGAUGACGUACAUGAACACCAUCACAGGCGGCGCUCUGGUGCGCAUGUGGCGCAGCAUCAUGUGCUCAGCGGCCAUGCGGGAGAAGGGUAGAGAGAUGCUGGAGCAGCUCCUUCUCAAUCCCGGCUUUGCCAAAAACACCUUCUUUUCCAUCAUUACCAGCAUGGGCACAAGCUGCUGAGGGGAAGUACAGCCACUGCAACUCGGCUUGCGUAUCAUGUGACUAUUUUUUUCUUGUAUUACAAAAAAAACGUGCAUCACCCAGAUACAAGUACAUAAUUCUUUUACCAGCCAAUGAAAAUGUUAAGUCCUAUAAGUG